AUGUAUAUGGAGGAAUUGGAGUUAGAAUGGAAAGGCGAAAAUAAUAUUUCAGAAAGUCAAAGGGCUGUAUUGGACAAUCUCCAACCCCGUGUAAAUUUGAAAAGGCUCUCUAUCUACGGCUAUGGUGGUAAAAGAUUUUCAGACUGGAUCGGGAAUCAUUCAUUUUCUAAUAUAGCAACUCUCUAUCUAUUUAAUUGCAAGUAUUGCUCUGUCUUGCCACCACUUGGACAGCUACCUUCUCUGCAGUCCCUUUCUAUUGCUUCCUUUGCCGAAAUUGAUGCUGUGAAUCGAGACUUUUAUGGCAAUUCUUCUUCUUCGACGAAACCAUUUGGAGCCUUGAAAGUUUUGACGUUUAGAGACAUGCCGAAGCUGGAGAAAUGGUCUGCUUUUGGUGCUGAAAAUGAAGGUGGAGCUUUUACUCAUCUUGAAGAGCUUGCGAUUCGUAACUGCCCCAAGUUAACAGGAGAGUUGCCCAUCCAUCCAUCUAGACUUGUGAUAGAAGAAUGUCCGUUGUUGGUGACUUCACUUCCAAGUGCUGCUACUCUACGUCAACUGGAGCUAAGAAAUUGUAAUGAGGCUCUGUUCAAGCAACUGCCAACGGGAUUGCAGAAACUCGCAAUUAGAGAAUUUGAUGCGCUGGAGUCCAUACCGGAGAGAUUGAUGGACUUCAACAGUUGUCUUGAGGAAUUAAAAAUUAGAGGUGGCCACUCGCUUAUAUCUCUGUCCAGUGCUGGUCUACCUUCUACAUUAAAAAUCCUUGAGAUAAGAGAUUGUAGGAAGUUAGAGCUUCCAAUGCACCUGAACUAUUCAUCCCUUGAAACAUUGAAGUCAUUUGAUAGUUUUGAUUCUCUAAAGUCCUUUCCAUUAAACUUAUUCCCAAAUCUGACGUCCAUCGUACUAUCUGGAUGUCUGAAUCUGGAGUCUUUUAAUGUUCCGCAACAACUUGAACUUGAUUUAGUUGCCUUGUCAGAAUUACGCAUACAUGAUUGCCCUAAUUUCGUAUCAUUUCCCAAUGGAGGAUUUCGUGCCCCUAAACUUGUUCAUUUUGUUGUCACCAAUUGUCAGAGUCUGACGUCACUACCUGACAAGAUGCACGUACUCCUUCCGUCUCUUGGGCGGUUGAGUUUAGGGAAUUGUCCAGAAGUUGAGUCAUUCCCUGAAGGAGGCUUGCCUUCCAAACUGAGUUCUAUUGACAUCAUAGACUGUGACAAACUCAUCGCCAAUAGAAGGGGUUGGGGAUUUCAAAAUCUCCCCUCUAUUCGAUACAUUAAUGUCCAAGGCAAUUGUAAAGAUGUGGAGUCCUUUCCGGAGGCGGGGUUGCUUCCUACAAAUUUGGUUUCUCUUGAGAUCGGUAAAUUUCCAAAUAUGAAAUCUUUGGACUAUAAGGCCCUUCGACACCUCACCUCUCUUGAUGACUUGUCAAUCUAUUUCUGCCCUAAAUUGAAGUUUAUGAAAGAAGAAGGGUUGCCUGCCUCCAUUUCUACUCUAUGGAUCAGCCAAUGUGCUUUGUUGGAGAAACAACUGGAAAGCAGAAAAGGAAAAGCACGGAGCAAAAUUGAUCACAUCCCCGACAUUUAUAUUAAUUAA